UUCUUUCAAGUUUCAACUGCUCUCUCUCCUCUCUCACCAUUUACAAAGUUGUAAUUCAAUAUUCAGAUCUAAGCAGAUAUAAAAUUUUGAAGUCUAAUGAUGCUGAUACUAUUAUAAUUAUACAAACAGUGAAGAGAAACACCAGAAAGCUAAGAGAAUGGAGUGGACAACUGUGCAGCAUCUGGAUCUACGACAUGUCGCUCGUGGUUUUCACAGACCAUUACAACCUCAUGCUGCUGCUUUUCACCCUACUCAAACUCUCAUUGCCGCCGCGAUCGGAACUUACAUCAUCGAAUUUGAUGCAGUAACAGGAAGCAAAUUAUCUUCCAUUGACAUUGGUGCAUCCGUUCUUCGCAUGGCUUACAGUCCUAAUACUAGCCAUGCUGUUAUUGUUAUGGUUGAGGAUGGUACGAUUCGGUCGUGUGAUUUUGAUACGGAGCAAAGUUGGGUUUUGCAUUCGCCUGAAAAGAAAAUGGAACCCUUAUCUUUUGAUACGGAAGUUCAUAUGGCUUUGACCCCAUUGCAACCUGUUGUUUUUUUCGGCUUCCACCGCAGGAUGAGCGUAACUGUGGUUGGAACGGUUGAUGGAGGAAGAGCACCCACAAAAAUAAAGACUGAUCUGAAGAAGCCUAUUGUAAAUCUUGCUUGCCAUACGCGCCAUCCUGUCCUGUAUGUUGCUUAUGCAGAUGGUUUGAUUCGAGCUUACAAUAUUCACUCAUAUGCUGUUCAUUACACAUUACAACUUGAUAAUUCCAUUAAGCUAAUUGGUGCUGGUGCAUUUGCUUUUCAUCCAACGUUGGAAUGGAUUUUUGUUGGUGAUAGACGUGGUACCCUUCUGGCAUGGGAUGUCUCAACAGAGAGACCUAGUAUGAUUGGAAUAACACAAGUGGGCUCCCAACCAAUCACAUCAAUUGCUUGGCUUCCAGCGUUGCGGUUACUUGUUACUGUUUCCAAGGAUGGGACUUUACAAACGUGGAAAACACGAGUGAUACUGAAUCCCAAUAGACCUCCAAUGCAAGCAAAUUUUUUCGAGCCUGCUGGAAUUGAAUCAAUUGACAUCCCGCGUAUUUUAUCUCAACAGGGUGGAGAAGCAAUUUACCCUUUACCGAAAAUUAAAGCCUUAGAAGCUCACCCCAAACUAAAUUUAGCAGCUCUUUUAUUUGCAAAUAUGACUGGUGUUGACAAUGUAAAAAGUAGGACUGCUUACACUAGGGAUGGAAGGAAACAGCUUUUUGCUGUUCUGCAAAGUGCAAGGGGAUCAUCAGCUUCUGUUUUGAAAGAAAAGCUCUCAUCAUUGGGCUCAUCAGGAAUUCUGGCAGACCAUCAACUUCAAGCACAACUGCAAGAGCAUCACCUCAAGGGCCAAAGUCAGCUGACAAUUUCAGACAUUGCAAGGAAGGCAUUCCUUUACAGUCAUUUCAUGGAAGGCCAUGCCAAAAGUGCUCCCAUAUCUCGGCUGCCUCUCAUCACUAUUUUGGAUACCAAACAUCAUCUGAGGGACAUUCCUGUUUGCCAGCCUAUUCAUUUGGAGCUAAAUUUCUUUAACAAAGAGAACAGAGUACUUCAUUAUCCUGUCAGGGCGUUUUAUCUUGAUGGCUUAAACCUCAUGGCAUAUAAUUUCUGCUCUGGUGUGGAUAAUAUAUACAAGAAACUCUACACAUCGAUUCCUGGAAACGUGGAAUACCAAGCGAAGCACAUGGUGUACAGUAUAAAACAACAUUUAUUUCUUGUUGUUUAUGAAUUCAGUGGCUCUGCAAAUGAAGUAGUACUAUAUUGGGAAAAUACUAAUGCUCAGCCAGCCAACAACAAAGGAAGCACAAUCAAAGGUCGAGAUGCAGCAUUUAUUGGUCCAAGUGAAAGUCAAUUUGCAAUUCUUGAUGAAGACAAGACUGGAGUGGCUCUGUAUAUUCUGCCAGGAGGAGCUUCAAAAGAAGCUGGUGAAAAAAACUUAUUACUCGAAGAAAACCAUUUUGCUGAAACAAAUGGUGCCUCUCUUCGGGGUCCUAUGCAGUUCCUGUUUGAAAGCGAAGUUGAUCGUAUCUUUACCACGCCACUAGAGUCAACUUUGAUGUUUGCUUCUACCGGGAGCCAUAUUGGCUUUGCAAAGAUGGUGCAAGGAUACCGGCUCUCAACUUCAGAUGGUAAUUAUAUAUCAACAAAAACUGAAGGGAAAAAGUCAAUCAAGUUGAAAGUGAAUGAGAUUGUCCUCCAGGUGCAUUGGCAAGAAACUCUUCGAGGCUAUGUUGCAGGGAUAUUAACCACACACAGGGUGCUUAUGGUUUCAGCGGAUCUUGAUAUACUGGCAAGCAGUUCCACAAAAUUUGAUAAAGGACUUCCUUCAUUUAGAUCCCUUUUGUGGCUUGGACCUGCUCUUCUUUUUUCUACUGCCACUGCGAUUAGUGUGCUUGGUUGGGAUGGAAUUGUGAGGACAAUUCUUUCUGUUAGCUUGCCCUAUGCAGUUUUGGUUGGUGCUCUGAACGAUAGAUUGGUGCUUGCUAACCCAACAGAUGUUAAUCCCAGACAAAAGAAAGGGGUUGAGAUUAAGAGCUGUCUUGUUGGACUCCUUGAACCUCUUCUUAUCGGAUUUGCCACAAUGCAACACACUUUUGAGCAGAAGCUUGACCUGUCAGAAAUACUGUACCAAAUAACAUCAAGGUUUGACAGCUUGCGUAUUACACCAAGAUCUCUUGAUAUUCUUGCUAGAGGUCCUCCUGUUUGUGGAGAUCUUGCAGUUUCAUUAUCCCAAGCUGGUCCACAGUUCACUCAGGUGUUGCGGGGUGUUUAUGCUAUCGAAGCUCUCCGUUUUUCUACUGCUUUAGAUGUUUUGAAGGAUGAGUUCUUGCGUUCUAGAGAUUAUCCAAAAUGUCCUCCAACAUCACACUUAUUCCACCGAUUUCGACAGUUGGGAUAUGCCUGCAUCAAGUAUGGCCAGUUCGAUAGUGCAAAAGAAACUUUUGAAGUCAUUGCAGAUUACGAAGGCAUGCUUGAUUUGUUUAUAUGCCACCUUAACCCCAGUGCCAUGCGGCGCCUUGCUCAGAAACUGGAAGAAGAAGGUUUGGAUUCACAAUUGAGACGGUACUGUGAGAGGAUAUUAAGAGUUCGCUCUACUGGGUGGACACAAGGCAUUUUUGCCAACUUUGCUGCUGAGAGCAUGGUUCCCAAAGGUCCUGAAUGGGGUGGUGGGAACUGGGAAAUUAAAACUCCUACUAAUUUGAAGAGUAUACCUCAGUGGGAGCUGGCUGGAGAAGUGAUGCCAUACAUGAAGACUGAUGAUGGUACCAUCCCGGCCAUCAUUACAGAUCAUAUUGGUGUUUACCUGGGUUCAAUUAAAGGAAGAGGGAAUGUUGUUGAAGUAAGGGAAGACAGUUUGGUCAAAGCAUUUAUCCCUGCUGGUGACAAUAAGCCAAAUGGGCUUCCAAAUGCUUUAGCCAAAUCCAUAUCCAAUAAGUCAAAUGGGCUGCCUGAUGGUCACAUGAAGCUUGAUUCUUUGUUGGGUCUGGAAACUCUGACCAAGCAAAACGCAGGUACAUCUGCUGCUGAUGAACAGGCAAAAGCAGAAGAGGAAUUCAAGAAAACUAUGUAUGGAACUGCUAAUGAUGGUAGCAGCAGUGACGAGGAAGGAGUGUCAAAAACAAAGAAGCUGCAAAUUAGAAUUCGGGAUAAGCCAGUUUCAUCUACUACCGUGGAUGUCAAUAAGAUCAAAGAAGCCACAAGACAGUUUAAACUUGGUGAUGGUUUAGGCCCACCCAUGAGGACAAAGUCAUUAACUGGUUCCCAGGACCUUGGUCAAAUUUUAUCCCAACCUCCUGCAACCACUGCCCCAGUUUCUGCCUCUGCUGAUAUGUUUGUUACUGAUUCAUUAAUGCAACCUGCGCCAGUAUCACAACCAGGUCCUAUGGUUAUGGGUGGAGGAGUUACAGCUAGACCCAUCCCAGAGGACUUCUUCCAGAACACAAUACCCUCCCUGCAAGUUGCAGCAUCUCUGCCACCUCCAGGAACUUACCUUGCAAAAUUGGAUCAAGUUUCUCAAGGGGUUGGAAGCAACAAUGCAGGUGGUAUUCCCAACCCAGGUGCUGCUUCUGUGAGUGAUAUUGGUCUUCCUGAUGGUGGUAUUCCACCACAAGCAACUCAACUAGCUGCCCCACUUGCGUCCAUUGGACUUGCUGAUGGUGGUGUCCCACCUCAAGCUUCCAUUCAGGCUGGUAUUCCACCUCAGCCACAAGUUCAAGCGCCUCAGGUUCCCCUUUCCACACAACCUCUUGAUCUUAGUGUUCUUGGAGUUACAGAUUCAGGAAAAACUCCUGCCCCUGCAUCUCUGCCAUCAUCUGUGAGACCUGGACAGGUUCCCCGAGGAGCAGCUGCACCAGUAUGUUUCAAGACUGGACUUGCACACCUUGAACAGAAUCAACUUCCUGAUGCCUUGUCAUGUUUUGAUGAAGCUUUCCUGGCACUAGCUAAGGAUAACUCUCGUGGUGCUGAUAUUAAAGCUCAAGCAACCAUCUGUGCUCAGUACAAGAUAGCAGUUACUCUUCUCAAGGAAAUAGCACGGCUGCAGAAAGUACAAGGGCCAAGUGCACUCAGUGCAAAAGAUGAGAUGGCAAGAUUGUCACGGCAUCUGGGUUCUUUGCCUCUUCUGGCAAAGCACCGAAUAAAUUGCAUCCGAACUGCCAUUAAGCGAAACAUGGAAGUGCAGAACUUUGCUUAUGGCAAGCAGAUGCUUGAGCUCCUCAUUUCCAAAGCUCCAUCAAGUAAGCAGGAUGAGUUGAGAAGCCUGAUUGACAUGUGUGUUCAGAGGGGUUCAUCCAACAAGUCUAUUGAUCCUUUGGAAGAUCCUUCCCAUUUCUGUGCUGCCACACUCAGCCGUCUUUCAACAAUCGGAUAUGAUGUUUGCGAUCUCUGUGGAGCCAAAUUUUCAGCUCUCUCUGCACCUGGAUGCAUCAUCUGUGGAAUGGGAAGUAUUAAGAGAUCAGAUGCCCUCGCAGGGCCUGUUCCUUCACCAUUUGGCUGAUGUUUAAAUGAGGAGAUUUUGGCUCAGGAAAUCCGGCCUUAAAAAUUAUCGGGUCCUUCACCAACAAAGUUGUAAUGGAAAUGUUCUUCGAAGAACCUCCGCACUACAUCCUCAGGAGGGAACUAGCAGCGCAAGUGACCGCAUGUAAGUGUGAUUGAUCUGUUUGUAUUUGAGUUUAAAUUCUUCUUUUACGUUGUUCAAUUUUUUGUACAAUCAUCAUCCCGUUUUUUUUACUGUGAUGUUAUAGCCGGUUUGUGUCAUGGAACAUAUUCUAUGUAAGUAGUUUUGUAGAAUAUGAUAUAGUUCCAUGUGGUUUGUAAUAUAUAGGCAUUGAGCAUAAGAUUGAAAAUGUUGAUGAGUUUCUUCGCUGAAA